GCAGCCAUUCACAGCCCAGCGGCAGAAAAUCCCAAAAAUUAAUUUCUAGAGAGCGCAUCAAAUUACAACAAUACCGUAUAACAACUUUCAAGAUGAAGUUGGAUACUAAGGCUAUGCGGUAUUUGACCGCUGAAGACUGGCGCACACUUACAGCAGUCGAACAAGGUUCCAAAAAUCAUGAAGUUGUCCCUACAAAACUCAUCGAACAAUUAUCAGGUCUCCGAGGCGGGGUUCACAGAUGCAUAUCCGCACUCGCAAAAGUCAAUUUAAUCGCACGUCUCAAGAACGCAAAGUACGAUGGCUAUCGUCUCACAUACGGAGGACUCGAUUAUCUUGCGUUGAAUACGUAUCGCAAACGCAAGGAUGUCUACAGUGUCGGAAAUCAAAUUGGGGUUGGAAAAGAGAGUGAUAUUUUCGUGGUGGCAGAUGAGAAGGGAGUGCAGAGGGUCCUAAAGAUCCAUCGAUUGGGACGAAUAUCAUUUAGAACGGUCAAGGCGAAUCGAGACUAUCUACGACAUCGAUCCUCGGCAUCAUGGAUGCAUAUGUCACGAUUGGCAGCGCUGAAGGAAUUCACAUUCAUGACGGCUCUACGAGAUAAUGGAUUUCCAGUCCCCGAACCACUCGCACAAUCUAGACACACUAUAGUUAUGUCUUUGAUCGAUGCAUUCCCUAUGCGUCAAAUAUCUUCCGUUCCAGAUCCAGCGUCCCUAUACGCCGAACUCAUCUCCAUGAUCCUACGCUUAGCACAAUAUGGUCUCAUUCACGGCGAUUUCAACGAAUUCAACAUUUUAAUCAAGGAAGAGACCAACCCAGAAAAUCCUGAAGAGGUACUCAGUUUGACUCCUAUUCUUAUUGAUUUUCCACAAAUGGUUUCUGUCGAUCAUGUAAAUGCGGAGUACUACUUUGAUCGAGACGUCAACUGCAUCAAGCGAUUUUUUGACCGACGAUUCCAUUUCACAAGCAAUGAGAAGGGUCCUCAUUUCAAGGAUGCUCGCAAACUUAUCGGCAAGGAUGGUGUAAAACGACUUGAUGUUUCUGUUGAGGCAUCGGGAUUCUCAAAGAAGAUGGCGAAAGAGCUUGAGGCAUACAUGAAAGCGGUAGGCGUUGAUGGUGAUGGCGAGCCUGGAGCAGAAAGAAGUGAUGAUGACUUUGACGACGACGAAGAUGAUGAUGACGACGAGGAGGAGGAUGAAGAAGAGGAAGAAGAAGAAAAGGAGGCUGCAGAUCCUGCCAACGUGGAACAGCAGAAUGAAGAGACUACAGAGACAAAGCCGAAGGGGGAUGCUGAACCAUCGAAUGAUGACAAGGAAGAACUGUCAUUGUCCAAUCUUAAGAUCGAAGAGAAGACUUGAUUCUAUUUCGCAGCCAAAACAAAAAUAACAAUUGAUAAUAAAUGUGCGGCUUAUCACUUACCUGGAGAAGUUGCUUCUUACUUUGUGGUGACCCAUACUAUCAAUAUUCGAUGUAGCCAGGCAAAGAGCAUUUUAAAGGACUGCUACAGUAACAUUGGAUCACGACAAUUGUAGUAUGAUCGCAUCACGACUCCCUCGAGAGUGUUUGAUCGGAGCCAUCAAUGUGGGUAUCGGUCACUCCAAAAUCAAGGAAAGCACCAAAGUCCUAAUUUGUCGAAGUUGCAGUGUGCA